AUGGCCAUGUCGUACUCGUCCCCUUCGACCAUGUCCCACAUGCCAUCCACACCUGCCCCCGAUCUCCACGCGUCACCAUACCCUCCAGGCCCAAUUGACCUUCACGAGCUGCUGGCACCCGCUCGCUUCCCCGGUCCCCUUCCCCACGCAUACCUGCAUCAGGGUGAGAUGCCAGCCAGCACCACUGGCGACGACGCUGCCAACGACGACGCUGCGUCAACCCCCAGCGCUCGCCGCACUCUUGUGUCUUGCAACCCCUGGGACUACCGCCCAGAAGACCACGGCAAGAACAAGCCCCGCCGUCGCUUUUCGCCUGGCGAGCUGGACAUGCUUGAGAUUCUCUGGGGCAUUUCGCACAACCCUCACAAGUGGCAACGCCAAAAGCUCGCUCGUUGGUUUGGAUGCACCACCCGUCACCUUACUGUCUGGUUCCAGAACCGUCGUCAGGACCUUAAAAAGGCCGAGACGCUCGUCCAGAUGGCAGAGAACAACCCCGACACGGCGUCGCGUGCGCUCGCUGCUGUCCAGCGCGCCAACCGCGGCGACCAGACCAAGUACUCCCCCGAGCAGGCACAGGUCAUCAUGGACAUUGUGAGCGACCGUCUCCUCCCCGACAUGUGGUUCUCGCAGCAGCCGUCAGGCUCGUCGCCCACCCCAGGCCACAAGGGCACUCCUUCUCCUCCCACCAACGGCCUCCCGCUUCCCGACCGUCGCAGCAUCCCCUUCACCCCAGCGCCGCUCGCGAUCGCUCCCAAGCCCCAGUACUCCCAGCAUCACUCGGCCUCUGCUGGUGGCGGCCACCUGUUUGCUCUCAAGCCUAUCCGUCGCGGCUUCUCGCUCGAUGACGUGUGCGCCGACCGCGAGCAGAGCAUGACCCACCGUCCCAUGUCUCGUCCCCGCCCGCGCGUGGAAAACCUCGAGCAGAUGCACAGGAACGACCCCCGCUACCGCGAGGCUCUCCUCCAGAUGCUCCCCAGCGAGUUGUCGUCGGACGCGAUUGAGCCCCCAGAGGAUGUUGACGACGACGAUUCGGUUGUUGGCGAGGACUCGCCUACUCGCAAGCGCGCCCGUUACGAGCGUCAGUCCCGCCCCACCCUCCCGCCCAUUGGUCUUGGUCGCCCCACCCACGCUGGACACCGCCCGCGCUCCAGCUUUGGCCGCGCCUCGAGCUCUGACGUUCUUGCGUGCUCGUCUCGCGCACGCUACCUUGCCCACAAUGGCCUCGGACCCCAGUCGAACACCACCACCACCACAAACAACAACGGCGCGUUCCCCUCGCGUGCUGUGACCGACCCCGUUCCCUCGCGCAGCGUCUCGGCCGGUCCGGGACCAAUGCUUCCCCGUGCUCCGGAGCACGGUGCUCGCAGCGUAUCGGGUGUCCCCGUUGAGCGUAAGCGCAAGCUGUCGCGCCAGGGUUCGUGGUCGCACCUGCCGACUCUGACCCACCGCGACUCGUUUGACCGCUCGCGUUCAAUGGAGCCUCCAAUUGAGGAGCGUUCCUCGCCGGUGCCUGACCAGACGCGUUCACCAACCCCGACCGACGCCGACUCGAUCUCGCCCAAGACUGCUCCUGGCUCUGAGGAUGCCUCGUCGACCAAGAGCAAGCAGGACGACGUCGACAUCAAGCCCCGUCUCCCCCUCCCCGAGGGCCGCAGCAUCUACUCGUUCUCCACCGAGCUCGAGCCCGAGAUCAAGCGCGGUACCCAAGAGAUGGAUGAGAACGUGCUCACCGGCGCGCACGCGCUCAUGGAGCUGUUCCGCGGCCGUUGA